AUGGAAACCUUUGAUAUCUCUUUCCUCACCAGUCUGACCAAACAGAUGCUGGCUCAUCUAAAGGAAAAUGUCCCGGCUUCAGCCCGCAUCACUGAUCCCACCCAGGCCCAACAGGAGAAGGACCUCUUUGAUGUCAACUUUUCUGGGUCGACUGCAACCAGAAAGCGCAAGAGGGGAGGUCAAUCUAGCGCCAAGCACCGGAGGACGAGUUCCUCAAUGGAGACCAUAUCCCUGGAGUCGACCAACCCCAAGACCUCGCAUAAACGCUUACCCAACAAGGAGCCCAAGAGAGAUGAUAGUGUGACCAAGUCUGGCAAGUCGCGGGGUAUGCAGCAGGCCACCUCUCCCUCGCGUACUCAGCCUGAACUCUCACCCAAGGCAUCAUCGGAACCGAAGGCCGCAAUGGACUCUGUCUCUACCAAGCCCACAAAACCACUUGAGCUCCCAGAUCUUCCACCUUCGGAGUUCAUCUACCCCCGCAAGUUGGAUUUGGGUAUAUUGGAAUGCUUAUCUGACGAGAGGGAGACAACCCACGAGUCAGUCUCCGACAACCCGUCCGAGCAGCUCACGGAAGUCUCCACGCCUUAUACCCCAGUUUUGCACGCAGUGUCACAGUACAAUCAGCGCAUCAGGAGCCACUGUGGGAGCAAAUGUGAGACAUGGCUGACACGCCAGAUGUACGAUGAGUUGGGCGAUAUCUCUACUCGCAUUGAAAAGAUUAUGCAUGGGAUCACGGUGAUGCUGGAGGAGAGGGAGGCCAGGGAUGAAUUUGCGAGUGUUGGUGGUUAUUCUUUUGAAGCCGAGGAGUCACCUGGUGCGUUCAAAGGUGGUCCUGAGAAUCCAUUGGAAUUGAGCGAUGGGGAUGAUAACGCACUUUUUGGGAGGUCUGAUGAACGUGCUUGCUCUGGUGAGAUUGGUGGCUUGUCCGCCAGUGAAUAG